AAGAAAUUGAUAGGGAGAACCAAUUGCCACCAUCAUCGCCUCUUCUCUAGGGUUUCAUCCAUACUUCUGUCCUCUUCUUCCUCACCUUCCCCAUUGCUUCAUAAAAGAAGAAAGAAAGGUCUUCUUCUUCACUUGAAAGCAACCCACCCGAUCGUCCGUCGAAUUCUUCUUCCUCAGCCGCGCCCAGCAGAUCGUCCGAGGAAGCCCAGCCGCUGCGCGAAGCUUUUCCUCCUCGUCUGCGCCAGUAGCCGUCUCCUCUCACAAGCUGCGCUCUCCGUCAAAGCCAUGGCGUCCGCGAGCCGUGACCCGAUCUCCUUCCAUCUCCGAGCCGCAUCCUUCAUGCCGAGCUGUGACCCGAUCGCCAUUCCACCGACCCGUGAGCCGCGCCAUAACUUAAGCCGCUUCCUCUCCCGCUUGAGCCGUGAGUCGUGCCCCCUUCUACCCAGCCGCCUUUCCGCCAAGCCGUAAGCCGCGCCCUUCCGCUUGAGCCGUGAGCUGCGACCCUUCUGCUUGAGCCGUGAGCCGCGACCCAUCCGCUUGAGCCGUGAGCCGCGCCCAUUCCGCUUGAGCCGGGAGCCGCACCCCUUUUGCUUGAGUCGUGAGCCGCGCCCCUUCAGUCGUGAGCCGCGCCGCUUCUGCUUGAGCCGUGAGCCGCGCCCCUUCCGCUUGAACCGUGAGCCGCGCCCCUUCGGCUUGAGCCGUGAGCCGCGCCCCUUCUGGUUGAGCCGUGAGCCGCGCCCCUUCUGCUUGAGCCGUGAGCCGCGCCUUCCGCUGAGCCGUUAGCCGCGCCCCUUCCGCUUGAGCCGUGAGCCGCACCCUUCGGCUUGAGCCGUGAGCCGCGCCCCUUCUCCUUGAGCCGUGAGCCGCACCCAUCCGCUUGAGCCGUGAGCCGCACCCAUCCGCUUGAGCCGUGAGCCGCUCCCCAUCCGCUUGAGCCGUGAGCCGCGCCCCAUCCGCUUGAGCCGUGAGCCGCGCCCCAUCCGCUUGAGCCGUGAGCCGCGCCCCAUCCGCUUGAGCCGUGAGCCGCGCCCCAUCCGCUUGAGCCGUGAGCCGCUCCCCUUCCGCUUGAGCCGUGAGCCGCUCCCCUUCCGCUUGAGCCGUGAUCCGCUCCCCUUCUGCUUGAGCCGUGAGCCGCGCCCCAUCCGCUUGAGCCGUGAGCCGCGCCCCUUCUGCUUGAGCCGUGAGCCGCACACCAUCCGCUUGAGCCGUGAGCCGCACACCAUCCGCUUGAGCCGUGAGCCGCUCCCCUUCUGCUUGAGCCGUGGGCCGCGCACCUUCUACUUGAGCCGUGAGCCGCGCCCCUUCCACUUGAGCCGUGAGCCGCACACCAUCCGCUUGAGCCGUGAGCCGCGCCCCUUCCACUUGAGCCGUGAGCCGCACACCAUCCGCUUGAGCCGUGAGCCGCGCCCCUUCCGCUUGAGCCGUGAGCCGCGCCCCUUCCGCUAGAGCCGUGAGCCGCGCCCCUUCCCCUUGAGCCGUUAGCCGCGCCCCUUCCGCUUAAGUCGUGAGCCGCGCCCCUUCCACUUGAGCCGUGAGCCGUGCCCUUCCGCUUGAGCCGUGAACCGCGACCCUUCCGCUUAAGCCGUGAGCCGCGCUCCUCCAAUUAAAUUUAUCUUUUACCUCUUUCAUAGUAUAAAUUUUUUAUGUGCAGAACUUUGAAACUUAAUUAGUUUUUUUUUUAAGUUUCAUUGAGUAUGUGGGUGGGGUAGAGAAUUGCUUUCUUUUUUUUUUUUCUUUUUCUUUUUUUUUCUCAAAAAUGGGUAAAUAUAUUAAAGUUAAAAUGAUCUAAUUAUUAAAAGUAAAACAAAAAAACAUCACUUAUCACACAUUAAAGUUAGAAUGAUUCAAGUAUUAUUAUUAUUAUUAAAAAUAAAUAAAAAAUAUUAAUUAUUUAUUAUCUUUUAGUUACAUUCUCACCGCUCUUUUUAACCUAACCGUAAAUAUUUUAAGAGAUAAAAAGGUUAAAAUAUGAAAGAUCUAUCUCUUUAUUUCAAUGUUUAAAUUUCUAUAAUAAUCUAUAUAAGUUUAUAAAGUUUUGAGUCGGUGAGCCGCGCCCCUUACGCUUGAGCCGCGAGCCGCCCUCCUUUCGCUUGAGUCGUGAGCCGCGCCUCUUUGGCUUGAGCCGUGUGUCGUGUCCCUUCCGCUUGAGCCGUGAGCUGUGCCCCUUCUGCUUGAGUCGUUAGCCGCACCCUUCUGCCUGAGCCGUGAGCCGCACCCCUUCAGCCGUGAGCCGCACCCCUUUAGCUGUGAGCCACGCCCUUCCGCCUAAGUCGUGAGUCGCGCCCCCUCCCGCUUGAGCCGCGAGGCGCGCACCCUUCUGCCCAAGCCGUAUGCUGUCUUUCUCAGGAGCGGAAGCGUAGCUUCGCCGCACGCUUUCUUCCGAGCUGUGAGCCGAUCGCAAUUCCUUCAAGUUGUCGUUUCAAAUAAAUAAAUGAAUUAUUUAUUUCUAGAAAAACUGUUUUGUGUUUAAUGAUCACAGGAUCGGGCCGGAUGAGAAAUUGGGCCAGAGUCCAACCGUCUAUGGUUUGGAGGGUUACCUUUCCCGCCAUCGACCAUUUCUCUCAACGAGCAAAUCUAGGGCACAUUCUUUCCGCUCCUCAUCACUUCCAUUGAAAGUUCCUGGGGCGUUUAAUUUUACGGAGGAACUGAGAAAACGAUUGCGCGAUGUCUGGAAGAAAAGAAACUGUUCUGGAUUUGGCUAAGUUUGUAGACAAAGGCGUCCAAGUGAAGCUUACUGGCGGUAGACAAGUUACUGGAACGCUCAAAGGAUAUGAUCAAUUGCUAAACCUUGUGCUGGAUGAAGCUAUAGAGUUUUUAAGAGAUCCUGAUGAUCCAUUGAAGACAACAGAUCAAACCAGGCCUCUUGGCCUAAUUGUGUGCAGGGGAACUGCUGUGAUGCUGGUGUCUCCAGUUGAUGGAACAGACGAGAUUGCUAACCCCUUCAUCCAGCCCGAUGGUGCAUAGAUCUGUUGCCUGAUACUGACAAAAGAACUGAUGGUGUAGAAAGGGAGAUGGGCCCCUGCUUGUUUGGCCGACAAAGGAUUUCUUUUGUUGAUACCCCAACUUGUUCUCUUUCGGCACAUGUGGGACUUUAUGCCAAGCCGAGCCAGCUCUUUGGACUCAGCUCCAACUUGUGCCGGUAUGCCCUUUUCUGCACACUUCAAUCUUAGUUGUAGUUUGGUCCACUCACUAUUUUUAUCGGUGUUGGUGUAAACAACUCAACUUCCAACUUCAAUAGUUGACAUUAUUUUAGUUUCCAUACUUAUGGAUUAAUCUCAUCCUUCUUUAUUUUUCAUAUUUA